CGCGAGGAGGAGAACGUCGAGGCCCGCUGGGGUCGCGUCUCGCCCCUCAAGCGCGAGGAGGAGAACGUCGAGGCUCGCUGGGGCCGCGUCUCGCCGCUCAAGCGCGAGGAGCAGGACCUCGAGGCUCGCCAGCGUUGGCGCCAGCCCUCGCCGCUCAAGCGCGAGACCGAGGACCUCGAGGCUCGCCAGCGUUGGCGCCAGCCCUCGCCGCUCAAGCGCGAGACCGAGGACCUUGAGGCCCGUCAGCGCUGGCGCCAGCCGUCGCCGCUCUAA